UGAAAGAGUGGGGACAAUAGGGCUAUCUACGCGAGAGUAUCGAAGGGCAGCCGCGACUCGCGAGCGGGACAUCGGGCUUGCAUCGUGUUCAAGCUGCCAUCGGGCGGCGAAGUUUCGUUUAUCGACAUUUGGAUGUAGACGAGACAGACUCUGAAAUGGCUGGUUGGCGGGUGUCAUGACAGUGCAGAGACUUGGAUGGCUGGCAUGGAUGGUGGAGAGAGUAGGUGAAAGUAGGAAGCACUGGGUGGCCUGGCAGGCCUCGACUCGUUUCGCAGCUGAAGGGUCAUUGGAUGAUAGAGCCAUCAUCUCUCUGAGUAAGCGAGAUGAGAGGACGGAUGGAUAAAGACAAACGAUGGGAGAGGUGUUAACGGUAGAUCUGAACCAUGAGCAGCUCUCUCAUCGAUUGUACGUCAAGUGAACACUCAAUGAACGAAUGGAGGAGCAUGACCGUGCACAUUGCAGGACAGAAGAACAUGUACGACGGUCGUACAUCAAACUGACGAGUUGCUCUGAACACGACCUGAUUCCUAUCCUCCGGUGUUUCCUUCGCUACAACGCUCUCGAUCCGAUCGUCCUGUGCCGAUCCAAGCACCAAAACUUCACUCGAUCCAGCACAUCCCAACUACACACGCCCCAACACCCAGCGACCUUUCCUUCCCACCGAUCAUCCUGCCAUGAAUUGCAUGCCCGAAUGCUGACUCCUGCGACCUGGGAGAAGAGCUCCAAACAUCCAUCCAACACUCACGAACCCCGCCUCCGACGUCGAACCGCACAAUCCACGCGCAAGUGCUUCACGCUUAUUGCACGGCUGAGAGACGCGGUCACGUAAGGGUGCCUUCAAAUCAUGAUAUUCAACGUCCUCCAGAGAAGACGCCUAGCAACCAUACAAGAAGCGCGAUGAGACCAAUGCCCGAGGUAUGGCGGUGCGCUCGGAGGCACGAAGGGUUCGUGAGAGGUUGGAUGUCAGAGCUGCAUCGGUGCAAGGAAGGUCACGAUGGAGAUUUCUUUCUCGCCGUGGGCUGGGCUGUCUCCACUCAGAAGGAAGCUCCAACUUCUCAAGUCGCGAACUAGGACAGAGAGAGAUAAACUCAAGUGGAGAAAGUAGUGCUAUAGUCCUAUGCAGCUGCUCUCGCACUCAGCGCUCGGAAAUCCCGCUAUUCCGGCCCAGAUCCGGGUGGCGGCCUGCGACGCAAGAACUUCUGCUAGUUGAACGGCGGCAGCAACACUGGCAGAGAGGACGACCUUGAAGGAGGAAACAGGCAAAGAGCAGACAAGAGCGC